AUGGACACUGUCAGUUCUGAUCCCUCACAGUUCUACAGUUUUAAAGACACCAGCGAUCUCUAUAUCAAGUACAGGCCAACGUACCCAGAAAGACUCUACGAAAAGGUCAUCAAGUUUUGUCAAGAGUCGGAGACUUGUACCUGGGAGCUGGCGGUAGAUGUCGCCUGUGGCUCUGGACAGAGUACGCUGCCAUUGGCAAAAUUUUUUGAGGAGGCAGAUCGGAUCGUAAAGCCUGGGGGUUCCCUCAUUCUGUACAGCUUUGGCACAGAUUCCUUAACACAUCCUGAGGCCGACAGAUACAUGCAGUAUUUAGAUAUACAUUCCAAGUACGUGGCAAAGUAUCACCCGGCGACAGAGAAACUCAUCAACAGAUACAGGGACGUGACUUUACCCUACCUGGGGUGGCGGAGGGAAGAGUUGGAGCCCUAUCUCCGUGAAUUGAGUAUAGAAGACUACGGGGGCUAUGUGGCGUCACUGGGGUCAGCCCAGUGGUUCACAGACUCGCCUCAGGGGCACGACCUUCCAGGGGAGAUCAUCAGAACGUAA